AUACUUGGAGUUUUUCUUGCUUACCAUCUCAUUCUUUAUCCGUUCUUCUUAUCACCUUUAAGAGAUGUUCCAGGUCCAUAUUUACAUCGAAUCUCUAGUCUCUCCUCUUUGAACAAACAGAGGAAGGGACGGUGGACUAUGACGGUUUACGAGUUGCACAAGAGGUAUGGAGACGUUGUGGUAUUAUCUCCAACAGAGGUUUCAGUAAAUGGAAAUUCCAAAUAUGUUCAUGAUAUAUAUAUCAAGAACUUCCCCAAAGCAAAGUUCUACGAAAAUUUUCGCAAUCACGGCUUCAAGGACAACAUGUUCGCGAGUUUGGAAAAUGACAGACACAUUGCCUACAAGAAACUAAUUAUGAACUUGUACAGCAAAAGUGCCAUCUUCAAUAAGAAGAAUGGAACACAUAGUAUCAUUGUUCAAAAAGUAGGGCAAUUGGUCGAUGACAUACGCCAAAGUUCGUCUGGAAAGACCCAGAAUUUAGGAAUCGAGGUUUACACCUUAUUUGCAUCGCUAGCCAUGGACGUUGUUUCUGCUUUCGAGUUGGGAAUGAGCAAUGGCACAGAUUUGUUAUUACAUCCCGAGAAACGUCACAUUAUUAUCAGUCACAGACAGGUUGCAAGCAUGGUGUUCUGGACAACUUUAAUGCCUCGGUUCUGGAACUGGGCCGCGAGCUCUACCAUCUUGAAGGCUCUGUAUGACAUUACUAAAUGGCAACUUGGAUUAUAUGCUCAGGCAGAAGAGAAUGUUCCCGACGUAAAAGAAGAUGAAAAUAAGUCGACGCUUGAAACAUUGAAACAGAAGGGUCUCAAGGGGGAAUAUGCUUAUUCCUUCUUGACUGACAACAUAUUUGCUGGCCACGAAACCACUGCCAUCCAGCUUGCGUACAUGUGCUACGAGCUCUCGCGUCCGAAGAAUCUCCACUUGCAAGAAUCUUUGAGAAAGGAAUUGAUUAGAGAAUUUGGUCAUCCCAAGUCUGAAAAGGAUAUCAUUGAUGAUAUGAGCAAAGUCGAUGUCCUUCCGUAUUUAAAUUCUGUUCUAGAUGAGAAUUCUAGAGUACAUGCUUCAAUUCCUGGCUCUGAGCCACGUUUAGUAGAUUCUCCCUACAAAGUCGAAGUUGGCGAGGGUAAAGUGGUAGAAUUACCCAAAGGUACUGGUAUUUCUUGUGUGGUUUAUGCAUUACAUAGACAAUCUGAUGUAUUUGCAGAACCAGACCAAUUUAUCCCUGAAAGAUGGUUACAAUAUGAAAACGAGCCUGACGAAGUUUUCAGACAAAGGAUCAAGCGAAUGCAACGUUACAUGAUGCCAUUCGGAAAAGGAAUUAGAAUGUGUUUGGGAAUGAACCUCGCAUUGAUUGAGAUGAAGAUGGCCAUUGCUAACCUUUACUGGCACUACAAUUCCAAGAUAUGUAGUGACUGGUGUGAAAUCACCGAAUACACAGAAGACAGUAAAAAGCUCAACCCAAUUUUAAUGGGUGAAACAAGAAAAGGAGAAAACCGCACUGAUGAAGAGAAAAUGACUAUGUAUGAUAGCUACACCACAAGACCCCUUAACGAUGAGUGCUGGUUGGAAUGGUACGACAAUCAAUUUGAGAACUAG